GGCUAAGCAGAAUCCAGAUCCAUCCUCAAACAUGGAAAGCCGGCCACCAGUAACACUACCUAACACAAACAACAAGAAUGUUCUCCUAGAUAUCAUUCUCAUAGAUAGAACCCGACGCCAA